GUUCGUUGGUCGGACGGGGUUGCGCGCUCGCAUCCGUUUACCGAGAACGGGAUCCAGCAUCUCCAUCUUCUCCUCAACGAAGCUGAUGGAUCUUUGGAGUCAAGCCAAGAUGUGACCGUCACGUUUUGGAUCUGUCCGUCCUUUAGAUAGAAAACAGAACCCCUGUUUCUAUAGAAACAGAAAUAAUUGACAAUUAGAAAACUAUUAUUCCUAAAAUGCACUCCUCUAGCCGAACCUUCGCUCCGCCCUUGAGGCCUCGUCGCAUCGACACGAGCAGGCGGACCACCACCGCAGCGGAACCAAAGCCACACGGCCCUGUUUCCCAGAGGGAAGACAAAAACAUGAACACCAUUUCCUCUUCCUCUCCUCGGCGCGCCACCAAAGCGACCCCUGAGUCUUCCAGGACCAGGGUGGGGGUCCAGCCUCGUGCCCCCUUGGGUCAGUCCAGAUUGGGCUUACAGAGAAACACAGCUCCCCUCUCUACGACCAAAUCCAAACCCAAACCUAAAAGUGUCCGUGCAGCAGCAGCAGCUGUGUCGAAACGCGCCCCUUUUCCUCCUCCUAUUCCUCUUCUUCCUCAUCUGGACCCCAACUGUAAUGAACCCAGCCUGCCUUGUCUGUGCUGCGACGGCCAUUCCCCCCAGGACAAUAACAGUCUGUUCAACCACAACCACAACAACAACAAUACCAUCUCCAUCAGACAGCAGCUGAAGCUUCAGCCCCCUCCACCACCUCCCCUGCUACCCCAGAGACAGGAGGGGACAGGGGGCAAGACCAAGACACAGGCCAGCCCCUCUCAGCCCCAGCCUCAGGUCCUGGCCCCAGCCUGCCCCCCUAAUGCCCUGGAACUGGAGAAAGGAAAAAUAGAUGAGGAGAAUGCAGAUGUUAACAAGAACACAGAUGUGGUCAUAGACAACAAGAAAGAAACGGAGGAAGAGAUGGAUAACAAGAAAGAAACAGAGGAAAACAGUGUUGAUGUUGAAGUUGAUGAUGAGGAGGAGGGAGAUGAUGAUGAUGAUGAUGAUGAAGACACGUUGGUCCCAUCAUGCUGCGACUGCCCUCCCUCUCUCCUGGAUCUCUCCCUGACCUCCUCCACCUCCUCAUCCUCCACUUCAAUCAGCUCCUGCUCCGAUCUGGAGUCAGACUGCGCCGAUCUGUCCACCUCUCUCUCGUCCUCUGGCCAGAAGUGGAACGCUGAUCUGUCAAUCUCUCAGGACCACAUUCACAUUCAUGUUCCUGAACGCUACCCAGCCUCCCGUUCACCCCCUGUCCUGCUCCUCAACCCCAAACCCCCCUCUGUCUCUCGUUGCCCUCCCUCCCCCCCACCCGCAUGCUCCCCAGACGAGGGCUACCCCUCCGCCCCCGCCUCCCCCUCCUCCCCCUCCUCUGACUACCUGGGGGUCAAAGGUCAGACAGGCUUAGGGUCAGAGGUUGCCAAACUAGGCCUCAUGGACUUCCUGGAGUCAGUGGGAGACUUUGGAAAGAUGGAGCGCUUUAGCCAGGUGAUUCAGGUGGCUCGCUGGGACCUGGAGGGGGAUCCUCAAGGGGAUCUACUGAGGGAUCGACUGGAUCACCUGGACCGACUGGAGAGUGUCAACAGGCAGGUGAAGCUGGCCCACAUCACCAGGCUCCAUGAGAAGGGACUGGAUCUAGGCGAUCUGGGCAAGGAGGAUCUCUCUGAUGUUCUGGAUGAGAUGGGGAACGUGGAUAUGUCUUGGAAGAUGUAUAAGGGCCGGGGAGGGUCUUUGGGAGAUUCCCAGGAGUUCUCUGAUGCUGGAGUGGACCUGACAGCACCUUCAGACUGUGACGAGCCCCUGGUCUCACAAUCAGAGACCUCUUCGCCCAUAGAGCCCCCACCGAGACCCCCCAAACCCCCUGCCCGCUAUGCCAGCGUGAACUCUGAACUCCACACCUACAUCAACAUCAGCCGUGACAUCACCCCCUCCGUUUCUGUCUGCACCUCUCCAUCCUCAUCCCCCACUUUCUACACCUUCAGGUGUGAGAAGGCCCUCCCUCCUUCCCCACGCUCCGUCCCCCCUCCUCUUCUCUGUCAGCCCAUCCCUUACUUUACUCUCUACAAAUCUUCCCCUCUCCCAUUCUCCCUCCCCUCCUCCACUCCCCCAUCCCUCCCCCUCGGAGGAAGCACCUAG